ACCCUAUCCCAGCUUUCCAGCUUUCCAGGUUUCUUCCCUCCGACCCAGAUGAGGAGACCAAAAUAAUUGGCCGUGCUAGUGAACCAACCUCCUCAUAUCGACGUGUUGGCCGUCUAUCCUCUGUACCUCUGCACUUGCUGCAGCUUCAUUGACUUCAUGUUGCUACCCGCUUCUAUUCUCAGCUAACCAAACGAUGCAUCUGCGAAGCCUAUACCGCCAUUGCAUGUCCUGAAGACCAUCUUUUUCUUCCGGCGCAAGGCCAGACGAGUAAGCAUCAGCAGAGCUGGUCUAUGACGACGGGCUAGCUUGCGUUUUUACCCAUCGCCCAAAGACGAUCAGAUGUCCUGAAGAGCUUCUAGGACUAUCAUUGAGCACAUUUACAGCUUGAACACUCCUCUUCGUAUUUCAGACCAAUUGCAAAUCAUCUUGCGCCGACACUCCUCGUCCCUCCAGCGCAAUGUCAGCUCCAUACUGGGGGCAACUGCCUCCUCCCAAGAUCUCCCGUCGAGAGCGAGAAGAAGAACGAGAGCAUGCUCAGAGAGGAAACAACGACCUCUCAAUCAACACCAAUAUGACAGGCGACCGUUUGUCCAGUAACUACCCUUCCCAGCCGAGUUCAAGACAUAAUCGAUUCUCCAACCAGACCGAUGCGCCGACCAUAUCUACCCAGAGCCCUUUCGCAUCUCCAAUAGCCUCGGAGUUUCGUGGAGACGGGCUGGCACCUCGACCGCCUUCAUAUCAACCUGGCGUAUCGGAUACCGCAUACAGUAGGGACUAUCUAGAGAAGCGAAGGAGGAGGCAGAGUCGGGAACAGUACGAAGACCCAGCAGCAGGUCCUCCACCUGCGGCCCCAGACGUCCCCAGAGCUCCUCCGGUCAGCUACAAGCAACCAUACAGUAACGGGGGAUCAUCGCACGCUCCAGGUCGGUCUGCGUACGUUGAGGAGGACAGAAACAUCAGGCGAGAGCCGAGUAAUGGGAAAGCCCCGGUUCGAUACAGUGGAAGUCAAAGACAAACACGGAAAGACUCACUUUCUGAAGCGGAAGAACAGCGACGCAGAGAGUGGGCACCAGACCGGUCUCCUCUUCAGAGGUUAGAACUGACGCUUGAUAGCAUCACCAAGGAAGAGAAGCGAGCUCGAGUUGAGGAAGCCGAAUUGCUUGCCAGAGAGACAAAAGCUGGCCGUGGUGGGGAUCGAGCUGCUCAGAACUCAGUCCGGUUCAGGAACCCUCCUGUCGCAAAAGCUCCUGCUGAGGCAGCACCACAACCACAAACCCUUCCAGAAGCCGGCCUGGUACGGAAUCUGAGCAAUAAACAGAAAGACCAGUUACAGCGAAGUGGCACUGUGGAGAGGACUCGGCCUGUGGAUGCUGGCAGUGGACCGAAUGCUGGAUUCGACUACAGGGCCCAACCACAGCAAGACGUAAUAGAUGUACAGAGACAGUCCGAAACCACUCCGCAACGCAAAACAAGCUCUCGUGAUCGAUCCUAUAUCCCAGUUCCUGUCAGUGGGGUCAACCGAAGUGGUAGUAAUAAGCUUCGUAAGAAUCCACCGGAUGACCCAUGGCAUAAUCAGCGAGCAGACGCUGAAAGACAGUAUCCGGAUAUCAUUGUACCUCGGAAGCAAUCUGUUGGGAGUGGUCCAUCCAGGGACACUGCAUUCAAAAGCCAUCCUCAGAGUUCCAGGGAGAAGGAGCUGCCUGUCCUACCCCGAGACGCACAGCACUACCCUGUUCAGGAUCACGACAUCGAACGUCUGGAUCUGGAAGGUAUGGAAGAUAAGCCUGUACGACGACCGAGUAAGGUGGAACGAUUAACUGGCGCAAGUAACCCGAGAUCUGUACCGACUGGCAAUGUUCGGACCGAGCGAGUCAUGGUAAAUGGUGUCCAAUAUGAUGUUCCACCCAAAGCUACAGCCGACCUUGCCCGUGAAAAGCCUGGGGACCAUCACCACUUCUCAAAUCUCAUCCACCACAAGCAUGAAAACGUUUCUGGCCAGGGUGUUUAUGUCGCUCCGAGACGCUUGGACGAAUGGAAAAAGGGUGGCGUCGCUCUUCUUUCCGGGGCGCUACUCGACCUCGAUAUCAAGGAACAGACCGAAGAAGAAAAGGACAAGGCCUGGUGGGAAGCAGGAAAUACUGGCACCAGGAGGCGAAGCAGUACUAAACAACGAAAAGCUGAAGCGUAUGAUGGAGAAUACGACAGCAAUACCGGUAUGGAAUCCCAACCUUCUUAUACUGGGGAAUGCCCAGGAUGUCUUUGUGAGCAACAGUAUCGCGAGAAUGCUGUCAAGCCGCGCGAUCGACAUCUUGUCGGCUAUGACAAGAGAACUGGGGACAAAGUGGAACCUGGGCCUCAAGAUGAUAAUCAAUUGUCUGCAGAGGGCUCUUCACUCAGACAACCUAGUUUCCUUCGCAAUUUACCGCAAGAAUCUAUUUCCGAUAGUAAAGCACAUUUGCUAACCUGUGAGAUGCGGUCUAUCCGCGUUCGCCCAGAUAUAGCUCCCACCAGAUUUAAACCGCGGUUGUUCCUCAAAAGUGGACCUAUGCUGCGAUAUUGUGGCAUGCGUCGCGAGAAGGUUAAGAGUCGUUCCACCAGGAACCAAGUCCUUCCCGAUCGUGAGAUUUGGAGGGGUAGUGUCAUGAUUGUUACCCAGGAUGCACACUCAUCAUACGAGCUCGCUCCGACACUUCGAUUGUUCCUACAACCAAUGGACUUGCUUCCUCCACCUCCGGCACAGGUUGAUGGUGAAAUCGACGAGCUUGCCCCAGAGUAUGUGGAUCCAAUUGCGGGACUUCCAAAAAUUGGUAGAGAUGGCAGGACACUCUAUGUCCGUCCUAUUGAUCAUCUGGAAGAAAUGAAGGACUUGUCUAGAGAAGAAUCGGAUGAUGGACUCUUCGAGAUGCAUAGAAGUCCACUUGAUGGGACGGCCGAACGAAAUCCAGCAUGUAAUAAGCCACAUUACGACGGAGAAAAGGCGGGCAAGUACAAAGAAGUUCGAGGGUUUCGACUACACGCUGAGCAGAAUGUUACUUUCUGGAGAUUCAACAUUGAGAUUGAGCUUCGAUCAAAGCAACAACGUAUCGCCUACCGCAUCAACCGCGGUCCUGCUACAGCUUUCUGGGUUCCAGCUCGUGGGCAAGCUAUGAAUAUCAUGUUUUCCAGCUGUAAUGGUUUCAGUCACGACAUCGACCCAAACGCAUUCUGUGGCCCUGACCCGCUGUGGCGAGAUGUCCUGAAUACACAUCAGACACAACCAUUUCAUGUCAUGCUUGGAGGAGGCGACCAGAUCUAUAAUGAUCGUGUCAUGGAAGAAACCACAAUCUUCAAACAGUGGCUAGAUAUGAAGGAUCCUCGCCAUAAGGAGAGACUCCCGUUCACAGCAGAGUUGCAGCAUGAGCUCGAGGUGUUCUACCUCAACCGUUACAGCAUGUGGUUCUCACAAGGUCUGUUCGGUCUUGCAGUCUCACAAAUUCCCAUGAUCAAUAUUUUUGAUGAUCAUGAUAUCAUUGAUGGAUUCGGGUCGUAUCCUGACAGUUACAUGCGCUCACCAAUUUUCUCCGGGCUGGGCUCUGUAGCCUUCAAGUACUACAUGUUGUUUCAGCAUCAAAGUAGUAUCGAUGAAGGGGAGGACACCGAGCCAAGUUGGAUUCUUGGAACUCAGCCUGGUCCUUACAUCAAGGAACUGAGUCGAAGUGUCUUUACGAAUUUAGGUCGUGAGAUUGCCUUCUUGGGUCUCGACUGUCGUACUGAGAGAAUGUACGAUGAGAUUGUGAGUGCGGAAACGUACGACAAGGUUUUCGAGAGACUUGAAAAAGAGAUCAUCAAGGGAGAGACCAAGCAUUUGAUUGUGUUGGUUGGUAUCCCGGUGGCCUACCCGCGGAUGGUUUGGUUGGAAAAUAUUCUCACGUCCCGGGUCAUGGAGCCUAUUAAAGCUUUGAGUAGAGCAGGAAUUCUUGGCAAGAAACUCCUUAACCAUAUGGAUGGCGGUGUGGAAAUUCUUGAUGACCUGGACGAUCAUUGGACUGCCAAACAUCACAAGGAAGAACGGAAUUGGUUUAUUCAAGAGCUUCAAGAUCUAGCCGCCAUGAAGUCUGUCCGGAUCACCAUUCUUGGUGGCGAUGUUCAUCUUGCAGCAAUUGGACAAUUCUACUCCAAUCCCAAACUUGGCAUCCCCAAAGACCGAGAUUUCCGUUAUAUGCCAAACGUUAUCUCCUCAGCCAUUGUCAACUCUCCUCCGCCUGAGACAUUAGCCGAUCUACUCAACAAGCGAAAUAAAGUCCAUCAUCUUGAUGCCGAGACUGAUGAGGACAUGAUUCCAAUCUUUACUCACGACGUUAAUGGGAAGCCCAGGAAUAACAAACGUUUACUAAACCGCAGGAACUGGUGCUCAAUUCGCUUGUACGACCCAGAACUUACUCCACCUGCCACACCACAGUCAGAUGGGCCACCAUCACCUCCUCCUCGUGGUGGACUUCUUCGUCGCUUAUCAUCUUCUCGUGGACCAAGCUACCGACCUGACGCUGCAGCACCUGUUGCAAAUAAGGGAUUUUUUGGUAGACGUGAGCCUGCUGCACCGCCUUUGUCCAGUCCUGGUUUCUUUGCACGACGCAACUCAACAUCACAUCGUACAUCGACUGAUUCUGAGCGGCCUGGUAUGCUUACCCGGACAUUGUCACUGUCACGAAAAGACUUCAUGCCAGGGAAUCUGUUCCGACGCAAUAGCAAGCGACGCCGUCCAGAUGAUGGUGGAAUCAAUGGAUAUGGAGCAGAUAGUGAUGAUGACGUAUCAUAUCAUGAUCAACCUAGAUCGGGAUUACGUGGAGGCAGUGGUGGUCGUGAUUCUGACGAUGGCUACUUUCCUACCAUGCCUCACACAGGCGGUCGCGCCGCAACAAAUCCAGUAGCCGAAGCAUCUACAUCCAUCGCAGGAGCCAAGCCCCAGCAAGGUUUCCAACGAAGCCAGUUCCACCGCACACCCACCGGACUUUCAGCCAAACAGCUCAAGAAGUCACCAAAUCAGGAGGUCAAUCUCGAAGGUGGACUCGAUAUCUGUCUCAAUAUGGAAGUCAACCCUAAGGAUCCAGCGGGUAUCACUAGUCCGUACCAUCUACUAGUGCCGGCUCUCUUCCAUGAGGAACCACCUGUCAAGGCGGGUGCUAGUAGAAGUCGAAGUCGAAGCAGGAGUAGGAGUAGGAGCGGGAGUAGGAGUGGGACUGGGAGUAGUAGGAGUGGUUCUAGUGAGGUGGGUGGGCAGAGGCAGAGGCGGGCGCAGCCGGGCGGCGUGUUGAAGAGGCGGAAUACUUUUACGAGGGGGAAGGGGAAGGGGAAAGAGCAGGAGCAGGGGAGGAGGUGAGAUGGUUUAUGACGGAUGAGGGGUGAGGGACGAGGGACGAGGAUGAGGGAUGAAGAGUGAUGGGACGUUGGAUUCAUGAAUGGUUGGAAGGAAGGAGGGAUAGUAAUGCAUGGCAUGUGUCAUUGAAGAAAUGGAUUUCAUGAUGUCUUCUUUGGAGCUCGAAGUUGGAAGUUGGAAGUUGGAUGGAGCAGUGUUGGAUUGGAUCCAUUCAGUAUACCCUUUUUUUGUUGAGAUAGGAUACUUUUUAUGGUAAAUAACCUUUUUUUACUUGGUUGGUUGGUAUUUAUAUUUUUUUUUCGGACUCCUCUUCUUUUUCUCCUGGUGACAAUGUAGCCAUUUUGUGCGGUAAUGGUUGGAGGGAUGUGGUGAACUGCCUGCCGUGCUGGAGAAUGAAGGUGGAUCUGAAAGAAAACAAAUAAGCGAGGUUUGUCUCGCGAUUACGAUGAGGUGCUAGAUGUGUACCUCGAUAUGUAAUUAUACUGAAAUGAAAUGCAAUGAGGUGGUACUUGUCUCUUCUAGAUAACUAGAUCCCUACUUAUGGGGCCCCAGGCAUUUUGUUCAGAGAUGAGAGGGUACGUUUGGGGGUGUUUGGGGUGUUUGCCUAUACUUGAGUACA